AUGGAAACAAGAUCAGCAAAACGCAAAAAAAUUGCUCAAAUAUUAGAGAAUGAUGCUACUGAUCGGAUUAGUGAUCUCCCUGAUGCUGUUCUUCAUCAUAUUCUUUUCCUCCUUCCCAUCAAAUGUGUUGCACAGAUGAGUGUUCUUUCCAAGAGAUGGAAACUUUUAUGGACCACUUUCCCUGACCUUGACUUCACAACCCUUAACCCAUUUGCAAUUUCUUCCAAAAAUCUCAAAUUUUCAAACUUUGAAAAACCAAGGCAUCCUUUGGCCUCAACACGAAUGGAUUUCAUCACCCAAGUUCUCUCAAUUCGUGGCAAACACUCAGACAUUAGGAUUCUUUGUUUUCGUGCCCGUUUGAGUUUUUCAAGACUAAAUAGUUUGAUUCGUAGUGCCAUUAGGCAUAAUGUUAGAGAGCUUGAUAUUGAAGUGGCCACAGAGGUGGUCACAGAUGAUUACUUCAAUUUUCCUAGAUGUGUUAUUGGGAGUGAAUCUUUAAGGGUUUUGAAAUUGAAAUCAGGUUUUCGUUUGCCUCCAUCAUCAAUUAUGAGGGAUGGAUUCCAAUCUCUACAAACCUUGUCUCUUUCCCUAGUCAUUUUGUACAAUCAGCCUUCUCUCUCUGAUUUGUUCUCUGAAUCAUCCUUUCCUCUCUUGAGAAAUUUGCACCUUGAUAUGUGUUUUGGAUUGAAAUACCUACGUGUUGGUUGCCGGGCUCUUGAAAAUUUGAGCUUAGAGAAAUGUUUUCAGCUACAAAGUUUGGAUAUCUCAGGUGCAAAACUUGAAAGAAUGAGAGUAGCAAGUUGUUUUGAUGCAUAUAGUGACAAGAGUUGGGUAAGAAUCAAUGCACCAAAGCUUGAACAUUUGUUUUGGCAAUAUAAUGCAGUCACUGACAUGACUACUUUUGAGCAUUCAAAUUUCUUGCGUGAGGCCUCCAUUGGUUUCUUUAUACUGAAUGAAGAUAUUAGUAUGGGUAAGCUUCAAAGUGUCAAUAACUUCUUGUCUGGGCUCUCUCAUGCUCGUUCCUUGACUCUUGAAAGCCAAACUAUUGAGAUUCUAUCACGCAGUAACUUCUUCAUUCAGCCAUUUCAUAAUCUCAAAUCAUUAGAGCUGCAUACUGGUUUCAACAAAAGUAAUGUUCAGGGAUUAGCAUGCCUAUUCAGGAGCUCUCCUACACUCCACACUCUGAUUCUCAAGAUCAUUAACGAUUAUAAUAUUGAAAGAAAACAAUGGAAUAGGGAUUUAUGGGACUUAACUAGCACCGAAGAAGAGCAGUAUUGGGAAUCUCAGAUCCCAACUCUGAAAUCUUUUCUACAACACUUGAAAAUGGUGAAAAUCAACGGGUUUCUUGAUUGUGAGAAUGAAGUUACACUUGCAAAGUUUCUCCUCAAGCAUGGGAAGGCCUUAGAAGAAAUGAUACUAUGCACAGGACAUUGCAAUGCUAGAGAUACUCUUAGGCGACAAAAAAUAAGGUCGCAAAUGAUGGGAUUUUCUUGGGCUUCAUCGAAUGCCAAAGUGGCAUUUCAGUAG